CCACGGUCUUCUCGUGGAAGAUAGGGGCGCUGCUAGUCGCUCCACGUCUUCUGGACUGAAGAAAAAUUCUCAAAAAAAAUUUCUACUCUCCAAAAAAUCCCGAAAGGAUUAAAAAUUCCAGGAAAUAAAGUAUUUUAGAAAGAGAUUUAGUGAAAGGAGUGUGUGAUGCGUUUUUUAUAACAUCUGUGAGAUUAUUUAGUGCAUUUUUAUUUAGUUAAUUUGGUGAGAAGGAGGAAUCAUGGCAAGUCCACGAACACGAAGAGUCCUUCAGGAUCUCAGGCCGGACAAUGGGAAUACGAAAUGCUUUGAAUGUGGGACACACAAUCCCCAAUGGGUGUCCGUUACCUAUGGCAUAUGGAUCUGCUUGGAGUGCUCAGGGAAGCAUCGUGGUCUGGGUGUUCACUUGUCCUUUGUGCGCUCCGUGACGAUGGACAAGUGGAAGGAUGUGGAGCUGGAGAAGAUGAAGGUGGGCGGCAAUAGGAGGGCGCGUGAGUUCUUCGACUCACAGCCCGAUUGGGAUGAGACGUUGCCCAUUCAGCAGCGCUACAAUAGCCGCGCAGCAGCCCUCUAUCGCGAUAAGAUAAAUUCCCUGGCUCAGGGGAAGCCAUGGGAUGAGUCAAGUGCUUCCGCAAAGGCACAAACAGCAGCCACAUCAUCCCUCUCCUAUUCCCACAGCGAAGGUGCAAUCUCUGCCAAUUCCGGCUAUGAUUCCUACAGUGGUGGCUACCAGGAUGGCGGAGGUGGUGGCGGGGGUGGCUAUCAGAAUUUCAAUUCGCAAGAAUUUAAGGAUCAAAAGGAAACUUUCUUCAACAAGAAGCAACAGGAGAAUGCCUCGAGACCCGAUCAUCUACCCCCGAAUCAGGGUGGAAAGUAUUCUGGAUUUGGCUUCACGCGAGAUCCCCCACCAAAGAGUCAAUCCCAGGAAUUUUUUGAUACAACCCUCUCAUCUCUGGCCAGUGGAUGGAGUCUCUUGUCAAUUGGUGCAACAAAGGUGGCAUCAACGGCCAAGGAGAAUGCCCUAAAAUACGGAAGUCUUGCCUCCCAAAAGGUAGCCGAUGUGUCGAGUAAUGUGGGAGAAAAGGUAAAAGAUGGGACACUUUUGAAUGAUGUUGGAAGUCAUGUUACAUCCUUGGCCAAUAAGGUGGGCGAAUUAGGGAAGAAAAGUUGGACAACAAUCAGUUCUGGAGCAUCUCAGGAUGGCUACACAUCCCCAGGAGGAGGGGAGAGUCACGGAGAUCACCUUGAGGGCUACCAGAGAUCAUCAUCCGUGAAUGGGGGGAAAAUGAGUGGAUCCGACAGUUGGGAAGGUGGAAAUUGGACAGAAGACAAAUACAACUGCACAGCAUCCUAUCAGAAUUCCAGUGGAACUGCAAAUGAGGACGAUUGGAAUGGAUUUGAGGCAGCAGCCCCAGAAGUUGCCAAGCCAAGUAGCACCACCAGGAAGGCCCUCAAGCCGUCCACUAAGCAAUCGGAUGACUUCUCGGGUCUCGAUGUGAAGUCAAUGAAGCCAAAAAGUGCGCAAGAAUCGUCCAAGAAGAAAAAGGAUGAAGAUGACUACUGGGAGAUGCUAAAUAACUGAUUGAGGAAUUUCCAGUGAGGGGUCCUUCCCCCCCUUCCCAAGAAAAUAUAGAUUUAAAAAAAAUGAAGAUUUAUCGAGGAUUGUAAUGAAUGAAUUUUAGGAAAAUUAAUGCAUAUAAAAAGUAAAUUAAUAAAAUAUAUAUCUAUGGCAGAAA